AUGGCAGCACACCGGGAUCUUCUCUAUGUGACCUCGAGGGUUCGCUCGCCGCCAACGAUCUCAGUCGACGGCUUCCAUGCCUGGUAUGACACCGUCCAUGUGCCUGACGUGCUGAAGACAUCGGCUGUCGACACUGCGUACCGCUACAACGCCGCUACUGAGUCUAUGCCAUGGCGGUUCCUUGCAAUAUACCCGGUCCACGAUAUGCCGCGGUUUACGAAGGAGGAAUACUUCAGCAUUCCAGCCACCAGCGAUGCCUUGCCUGGGCCCACGCACAGUUGCUUCGAUGUUGCGGAAUUCGACAUCCGGACAUAUCGCCCGGUCGCGAGUGGCAGUGAAUCUGAUAUUCUGGCUGACGCGGCCUGCGAUCUCCUGAUUGUGGAAUUUAAUCUACCAUCAGACGUCGACGAGACGGAUUCUAAGGCUAUUCAGAACUGGUUUGGCAAGACCUUCGCCUGUCAGCGCUCGCAGCGAGUGGGCAUAUACAAGUCCUUGGCCGUGCUAUACCAGGAUGAGAAACCGGAUACUCUCCCGAGAUAUAUGGCUCUGGUUGAGAUAGAUGGGAGCAGUGAAGAUCACAGCGAGUCUAUAAAGCAGAUACAGUCGGCUGUGCCAACUGCCCAGUGGAAAUUGAGAAAUGCCUUUAGCCAGUGA